CUCAACUACACAAGCGCACGAUGAAGACGAAGACGAGGAGCGGACGAAAAAAAAUUCCAGUCAGACAGGCCGGCCGGCGUGUGAAAUCUCUGUUGGCCAUACCGGCAUCCCAUCCGCCCUUCACAAGCGCCUAAUCUUCUGCUCUUCUACUGUCUCUUUUCCUUUCCCUCCCUUUCUUUUUGAUCCUUUCCCUCCUCUCCGCCCCGACCCAGGGCCUCGCCGUCCGCCCGCCCACCUGCUUUCGCAGUCUCAGUCUCCGUCCGCUCUCGCAUCCGCACCCGCACUCGCAGCCGCCAGCCAAUCCGUGGCCUCCCUCGUCCUGCCCGUCAGAAAGGCCGGCCUCUGUUGUUCCGAGGCCCCAUUCAUCCUCCCCUCCCCCCCAAACCCGACAACGGCGACGACGCGCCGUGGUCAAUUGCUCUGCUACGCCGCCUUGCUCUGCACCGGGACGUUGGGUUUGGCACACGCAUCCGCUGUUCUGCUGGCAUGUUUUGUAUCUAGGCCCCGCUCCACAACCUCCUCCCGCCUCAAAGAGCCCUCUCUCCCUCCGCUGCCCCGCGCUAUUCUCAUUAUCUUUGUCUUUCCUUUUGCUCCGUCCCCCUUCCCCAGCCCUUCUAUCUCUCUUUCCGCCUCUCCCGCCUUCUAUUCGGAGCCGUGCCUACGUGCGUACGAGUGAGCGGACGAGCGAGCGAGCGAGCGUGCGCGCGUACGUGCUCUGCAGCCCGCCCAUAAGCAGACGUUCCGGCCGCUUCCACUUCCGCUGCCACCUACGUCGCCGCCCCUCUACUGAUUCCCUCCGUCCACCAAAUUCACAACGAACACAACCGGCGUGAACACCACCAACCCACUCUCUAAGCACCAGGUUUCUUGUUUGGCACGUUCUUUGUCUCUGCCACUUUCUCUGGUCCUUCCAUUCGACCAAUCUCUCAACCUCGUGCGACUUCAUUCACGACCACAGUCCGGCCUAAAACGGCGCUGGCAGAUCUUCCUUCGGCUGGAGAAGAAGGAGUCGAAGAAGAAGAAGAAGGCCUUUGCAUCGGAUGGAAAACGCACGCAGACGUUCGCAUGAACAGGCAUACACGCGCUCGCCCUGUGCUGCAGGUGGGGUACAUGUCAACACUCAUGCUGGGUCUUACCCACGCCAAAGUUCAUCGCAAGCGCCCAAACUCCUAGUACACGAACACGCAUCGCAAAUAUAGUCGUGUCUGGCAUAGAUGUGCAUUCGGCGCCUUACCACGAGUCUGCUUCCAAGUCUGCGCGUGUGCGUGCUCGUGUGUCUGCUCGGCCUGGAUUUCCCUUCGUCCCCAUCCCACCCUCACCCUUGGUCAUGAAUAUUCCUCAGCGGUUCGGCUGUUCUUGUUUGCCGUCAAUGACUGACUCCUCGUCUUUGUAGGACGCUGCACGUUUCGUCAGCAUGAGCACCGGACCCUCCGAACCGACCGUGCGCUUCGAGUCACAGGUCGAGGAGAUCGAGCCCGAGCACUCGCUCGACCAAGUGCGAACCCUCACCGGCCACGAUGGCCGUGAAGAGCUCUCACCAGAGGCGCGACAGGAGCUGAGGUCGCUCGCAGUGAACAUGCAAAAGACAAGGUUGCAGAACUUCAAUUACGAGCCCGUCUCUCUACCCGUCUCUCGAGUCCCUUCCGAGUCCAGUCAGCACCAAAGUGCGCGCGCUUCGCCCCACCAUAGCCCAUCCAUCUCCGCUGUACAUACACCGCCGCUCACGCCAGCCGCGUCGGACUCUAGAGAUGUACGCGCUGCAGCCGGAGCCGACAACAAAGGGCCAGCGCCCUCAGUGAUGACGCCGCAGAUCUCUCCACCUCAUGAGGCGCCGCCCACCUCUAUUCCGACCACGAACAUCUCGUCCAACGAGCAGAGACCGUCCGCCGCCGCGCAGGCGCGAUUACCACGCUCCUCAGGUGCCCGCUCCAGGUCAUCUUUUGAAGGCUCCGCAGGCGUGCCGACGCAUCCGAAGCAACCGCCGUCGCACAUCCUCCCGCGAGGUGACUCGCCUGCCACAUCGCAGGACCCGAGUCCAACCAGCACGCCCCGGCCGGGAACGCCGUCAACACCCGGCGGGGCUCACUCACCUCGCCCGCAAACCCCGACGUCCGUCGUGCCGGUGGACCCGUAUGGUGCCGCCCGCGCUCUUCAGAAUCUCGAGGAACGCAUACCGAGAGCUCGUGGCAGCGAUACGAGACCGAGGAGCAUGUAUGGAGGCCCUGGUUCCAAUGGUGCCGGUGGGCUGAAACCUGACAACAAGCGCCACACCGGACUGUUCUCGAGGCAUGAAGACAAGUCCCACCAUGGAUCCAUGUCCGACCUGAAGCGGUUCUUCAAGUUUGGCGGCAAGAAGGACAGGAAACACGAAAGUAGGAGUCGGCAGAGCUCGCCUAGCCGGCCCCCUUCCUCUGUCGUUGCACCGGAGGCCGGAGCCGUCACACCCCCGUCCGCGCGCAGCUCGAUUGCGCUACCCUUUGCCGACGACCAUGGCAUUGAGGCCAAGUACGGAAAAUUUGGCAAGGUGCUUGGGUCUGGUGCUGGCGGGUCCGUCCGGUUGAUGAAGCGUGCGAGCGAUGGCGUGACAUUCGCCGUGAAACAAUUUAGAGAUCGCCACUCGUACGAAUCGGAGCGUGAGUACAACAAGAAGGUCACGGCCGAGUUCUGUAUCGGCUCCACCCUGCACCACGGCAACAUCAUCGAGACGAUGGACAUCAUCCAGGAGAAGGGCAAGUGGUAUGAGGUCAUGGAGUAUGCACCGUACGACCUGUUCGCCAUUGUCAUGACGGGAAAGAUGACGAGGGAGGAGAUCUGCUGCUGUACACUCCAGAUCAUUUCCGGCGUGCACUACCUUCACAGUAUGGGUCUCGCCCACAGAGAUCUGAAGCUUGAUAACGUCGUCGUCAACGAACAUGGAAUCAUGAAGAUCAUAGAUUUCGGCAGUGCUGUCGUGUUUAGAUAUCCUUUCGAGAACGACAUCGUCCUUGCAACCGGCAUCGUUGGCUCUGAUCCCUACCUUGCUCCCGAAGUGUAUGAGCUUCCCAAGUACGACCCCCGGCCCACGGACAUCUGGUCGCUUGCCAUCAUCUUCUGUUGCAUGACUCUCCGUCGCUUUCCCUGGAAAGCUCCCCGCGUGUCUGACAACUCGUAUAAACUUUUCAUCACAGAGCCGUCCGAGGAGGAACGUCGUUCCGGUCUUUACCCGCAGAGGCCAUAUUCCGAACCUGCAUCACGUGCGCAAUCAGGUCCCAACCAAGGCGAGCCUCCCCGAAAGGAAGGGAGCGAAGCCGGCAAGUCCGAGCCCGAAGACAAACGUGCAAGCUCAAGCACGGCAAGCACACAAACAUCCACGCCAGCACAGCCGCAGACGAUCAAGGGCCCAUGGAGACUGCUCAGGCUCCUGCCUCGGGAGACACGACACAUCAUCGGAAGGAUGUUGGAGAUAGACCCCAAGAAAAGAGCUACGCUCGAAGAGGUGCUCAGCGAUCCGUGGGUGUACAACAACAUGCAUGCAAACAGAGUGUGUUCGCAAGAUCCGAAUGGCAUUAUCCACCGAGGUGAAGGUCACGAGCACACUUUGGAGCCGGGUGGUGGAGGAAGUGCACCACCUAGCAAAGCAAAGUAAACCCCGAAAUUUAGACGAGAGGGCAAAGAAAAAAGCACGCUCAAGAGCACGCACUAUCUGUAGAGAGGAAGUCACAGCGAGCCAGAGAGCGAGUUGAUUCAGAAGCAGGCGAUAGAGCAGUCAGGGUUUGCAAUUGUGUUACGAUUGGGUGAGGUCAAUUCUCAUUAUCCCAGCCCUCUCUUUCAUAAUGCAGAUGUGUCGAAAAAAAAAAGAUAAUAAUUAUUCCUUUCUGCAAAGGUGCUUGAAUACAUCUCUGUGCGCGCGCAGCGCGAGCUGGAAAAAACCUUUUUGUGAAAAUUUGUUUGGAAAGGGUAAAUACGACAUCACUACUCAUACGUUCGCUCGGCGAAGAGAGAGCGAAAAGGCGGCCACGAUUCACAUGUACAUAUGAAUUAAGACGGUUCAAAGAGAGGGUUGAUGGGUUCAAAUGUUUUGGUGUUUAUUAACCGAGCUGUAGCUAAUCAUAUUGUUCUGUCAUUCGACGCAAAUCAAGGACUAGCAUACGCAAACUUGUCGAUUACA